CUAUAAUAAAAUAUAUGUUUUUUGUAUGUUUUCGUUUUGUUAAACCUAUAUUUUUUAGUUCAUAACGAAUGAUUGUAGUUGCUUAGCAACCAAGAGCAAUGAACUAACAACAUCAACAUAACAUUUUUGUCAAAUUCUGUAACAAAUUUUUAAAAAUACUACUGAGUAUGUUAAGUUGAGUUUAGGAUAUAAGAAUAUUCAAAAUGACAGCCCCAAAAUUACUCUACACGAUAGAGCAACCCCAUGGGCUCGGUGAGCUUUACUUCUUAUGGCAAAAAGGAGAAUCCCACUCACUACUGGCUACCACUGGAACGGAUGCAACGGUUGCAAUACAUGAUAGGAGCGGGCAACUACUCGAAAGAAUGAAGUUGCAGGGUCUCUGCGCAGGUAUGGAAUGGGAUCAUGAUGGUGAUUAUCUUGCAAUAAUUACCCCAAACAGCAACACAGUUCUCCUAUGGGAGUGUCAUGCAAAUAAGAGGAUUAAUAUAGAGACUGGACUUCGGGAACCUCCAUCGUGUAUUGCUUGGGCAUAUGGGGAGCCACUGCUUGCUGUUGGCACACAGAAAGGAAAUCUGGCCCUCUAUAAUCAUCACACCACUAAGAGAAUACCAAUAAUAGGUAAACACACGAAAAAGAUAACUUGUGCUGCUUGGAACAAGGACAGUAUAUUGGUGUUGGCGUCUGAGGAUAAGAGCCUGUCUAUCAAUAACUCUGAUGGUGACACAUUAAGGAUGAUAUCAUUAAGGGAUGCACCUAACGACUUGCAGUUCUCUGAAAUGAAGACUGAUGAAAGAGUUUCUGGGGAAAAUACUAUAAGCCUGGUAGUUGGCAAAAGGACACUAUACCUCUACAACCUGCUUAACCCAGAGAACCCAAUAGAGUUGGCUUUUCAACAACGCUAUGGCUCCAUAGUCUCUUAUAAAUGGUAUGGAGAUGGAUACAUAUUGAUAGGAUUUAGUGCUGGUUUCAUAAUAGCCAUAUCUACUCAUAUCAAAGAGGUUGGAGAAGAAUUGUUUCAAGUGAAGAAUCAUAAAGAUAAUUUAACAGAUGUAGCUGUGUGCAAUGGGUUGGCGGCGUCUUGUGGUGAUGGACAAUUAAAAUUAAUAUCCAUUUGGAACAACGGCGAGGUAUCGGGGUCGGUAAUGCCCGCGGGCGGUGCAGAGCGUUGCUCGUGGAGCUCCGACGGCCGCUUACUGGCCACGGCUGGGCGAGCGUACCUUAACGUAUACGUGACAGCCCUACCACCUCUUCAUGCAGCUUAUGGAACCAGGGUCAUCACACUUACAAGUCUCACUGAAGCUACUGUGUAUCAAUGUAUUGCUGUUGGUGAUGAACCUGAGCCUGUUAACAAAUCGGAGCCGACGGCGCUGGCCACGUACACGUUGCCGACGGAGCCGCACGUGGUGGCGCUGGGCGGCGCGCACGUGUGCUGCGCGCGCGGGCCGCUGGCGUGGUUCUCGCCGCUGGCGGGCGGCCCGGCCGCGCGCCGCCACUACCCCGCGCCGCCCACCGUGCUCACGCUGGCCGGGGACUACGCCGCCGCGCUCUUCCACGGCCGCGCCAUGCUGCACGCGAUCGAUCAAGCUGACCCUUCGCAGCCGGAAAAAGAAGCCAUGCUAUUUCCUGAGCCGCACAUGCAAGGAGCAAAAAUUGUCGACAUACAUCUCACAAGCGACUUCUUUAUAUUUGUUACUGAUCAAGGUCAUAUAGAAUACUUUGGCGUGGAAGAAUGGCGAACGGCCGUGCGUUACAAGCAUGUUUGUGGCAUUCGUGGCGUGUAUUGCGACAUCGGCGGCGCUAGAGCUUGCAUUACGGAUGAGCGACGCCGCGUGCACGUGUACUGCCCCGCAGCUGACGACUGUUGCGCACUUAACCGAACUGCCACUGCCGAUGUAAGGGGCAUAAUUUGGGACAUCUGCCUCUCCGACCGCAACGUUUUCAUAAUAUAUACGGACGAAGCGAUCGAGACUUACUACUACGCGGCGAACUCCAUCAACGGGUCCUAUGUGGACUUGGUCGGCGUCACGCCGCUAUUGGCCGGACAAAUACCGCUGAUUCUCUUCUCUGGAGAUGUUUACUGUUACGCUAGCGGGGGAUCGGUACUAAAAUUAGCCUUAGACUCGCACAACACGAGUGGCCUCGCUGACGCCGACACAGAAAAGCGUCUGGCAAACCAACGGCGACAUAUAGAGAAGCUGUUAGCGUUGAGGCGGUUCAGUGAGGCUUGGUUAUUCUGUGAUGCCGUCGACGAACCCGAGCUGUGGCGGAAGAUGGGCGAGGCGGCCAUAGCGGAGCUUAAUGUGGAGUUUGCAAUUCGAGUUUACACAAGACUAAGCGAUGUUGCAAUGGUUUGGGCUUUAGAAGACGCUUCGCAUAUUGAGGAUUUAUCAAUACUGUGCGGCACGCUGUGCGCGUGCCUGAACCGCGGCGCGGCGGCGGCUCGCUGGCUGCAGGCGUCGGGCGCGGGCGCGCUGGCGGCGCUGGAGCUGCACGCGGCGCAGGGCGACUGGGCGCGCGCCGCCGCCCUGGCCGCGCUCGCCUGCCCGCACCGCGCGCACGACAUCACGCUGCACAGGGCGCAGCAUCUAGAGCUCACGGCAGAUUAUCACGAAGCACUAACAAACUACGAGAAAAGCCUUAAAACAGAAGACUUAGAUGACAUUAAAGUAAAGGAACACAAUGAAAAAUGUGAAGCGGGCAUCGCACGUAUGGCGAUACGAUGCGGCGACGUCAUGCGAGGGCUGACCACCGCCAUGAAACACUCGCACGAUAUAAUGCUCGUCAAGGAAUGUGCACAGUUACUCGAAGAAGAGAAACAAUACAGCCACGCGGCAGCUCUAUACGACCACGCAGGGAACACAGAAAAAGCCGCUUCCUUAUACAUCAAACUGAAAUCUUGGCUCAAAGUCGAAGCUUUACUACCGAAAAUCAACUCUCCAAGCAUUCACAUACAGUACGCUAAAGCUAAAGAAGCUGAAGGCAGGUACCAUGACGCUCUCAAAUCUUACCUCAAAGCUCAAGACUAUGAGGCAGCUAUACGCUUGAAUCUAGAUAAAUUGGACGACAUUGAUGAGGCUGUAAAUCUAGUCCAAGAAACUAAGUCCAUUCAAGGUGCAAAAAUGGUCGCAAACUAUUUUCAAAAUAGUGAUGAUCCCACUGCCGCUAUAAAAUUCCUAGUCAUGUCUCUAUGUUACGAUGAGGCUUUUCAAUUGGCGCGAAAGAAUGGGAAGCUACAUUUGUAUGGAGAAAUAUUAAUACAGACUUCUCAAGCAAGGCCCGAAGAUUUCAAAAGUCUGGCCUUGCAUUUUGAAGGGGAGAAGAAUCAUUUGUUGGCGGGGAAGUUUUAUUUCCAUGCCGGCGAGUAUAGCAAGGCGAUGUCUCAUUUGUUGAGGAGUGGAGGGUCGGAGGAAGAGGAGAACGAGGCGAUUGGUAUUGCCAUUGAUGCGGCCGCUGCUAGUGAUGACGAAAGGUUGACUAGGAGGUUAAUAGAGUUCCUUUUGGGAGAAACAGAUGGUACACCUCGUGAACCUCGUCACUUAUUCCGGCUGUAUAUGGCGAAAAGACAGUUUACUGAGGCUGCGAAGACUGCGGUGAUAAUAGCAGGCGCGGAGUGUCGCGCGGGCGCGUACCGCGAGGCCCGCGACGUGGUCCGCGCCAUGUGCGUGUCGCUGCGGGGCUCGCGCCUGCCCGUGCCGCGCGACAUGCGACACGCCAUCGCGCUGCUGCACUCCUACAUACUGGUACGCACUCACGUAAAGCGUGGCCGUCACGACAUAGCUGCCAGGCUGCUGCUGCGAACAGCCGCUGACGUCACCUUCUUUCCAACACCACAACAUCAAGUGUCGAUAUUGACAUCGACAGUCAUCGAGUGCAGUCGCGCUGGAUUGAAGCAUCAAGCGUACCACUGGGCAAGGGUGUUGAUGCAGCCGGAAUAUAGAUCACAGAUCGACCCAAAGUACGUGAAGAAGAUAGAGAGCGUGGUCCGUCACGGGGCCCGCGGUCCCCCCGCGGCCGCGCCCGCCGCGCCCUGCCCGCACUGCGGGGCCGCGCUGCCCGUGGCGGACCUCACCUGCACCAACUGCGAGGCAGACCUGCCCUUCUGUCUCGCUACGGGUCUGCAUAUUGUAAAGGAUGAUCUCACUGCUUGUCCAGAAUGUGAUUUCCCAGCUAUAAUGACGGAAUUCGUUGAGAUCCUCCAAGAAGAAGGCAAGUGUCCUAUGUGCGGUGAAAACGUGGAUUACCGUCGACUCGUGAAGAUUGACGACGUUGCUGCAUACAUGGAUCUUAACACGUCACAGUAAGGUCUAAAAUGGUGUGACUGUAAGUGUCGAAUUAUAUUGAGUAUUGUUAUUUGUUUAGCAAGAAAACCGUAAAAUAUAUACUUGUUAGUUUGUGUUAGUAUUAUGAUUUUAUGAUAACGCUCAUUGCAUAAAUUAGUGUAUGAAAUUAUUCCACUGAAUAUUGUGUCGCUAGAGGUUUUACAUUCCUGACCUGUAUUAAAAUGGGUUUCUUAUUAUUUUAAAUCAGUGGUACCUUAAACUAAAAAAAAUAAUAUAACAAUAGAAGUUAGGCAGUAAAAGGUCACAAUUUAGUCGUCAAUGUCCAUGGAUAUCAUGAUUUUUUGUGGCCAGUAAUAAUAGGGGUAUAAAAUCGCUACACUUCAAUAAGGAUUGUCUCCAAUAACAAGACUUGCCCACCCUUCAGUCAGGGCCUUAGAAUAUUUCUUUUUUUUUUCGAAUAGACAUUUAAAAUAUGCAAACCCUAAGUUGCAUUUUCUUUUGUUUAUUUAUAUUAAAAGAUAAUCCUUUCAUAGACAAAAUGAUUCAUUAAAACGUGUUAAUAUUACCUUAACACGUGCUCUUAUCGCGUAUUAAGCAAUCGUGUCCUCGACACAUCGAGAUAAUUAAAUAAGUUUUAUACUUAUCGUCAUAAGGUUCAAAGUUGUUUGCUCUCCGUCCGUAGAUAAGCUUUUAAGAUCCCGUUAUCUACAAGGUUAGUUAAUUUGAUAUUGUUCGUAAACGCCUUGAGAUAAGAGUUGUGACAUUUAUUGUAUUGUUGUAUGUGAUAAUGUUGUAAUUAAUCCAUUCCGUCCGUUAUUUACUGUUUUAGAUCUGAAUAAGUUUUAGAAUAUUGUGUAGGUGUAAAACGAAUAGUAUUUUUUUUAUAAUCCAUGAAGAAAUUAUUUUGUAUCACCAACUAUGUAUGGUUAAAUUCUUUAUGACUCAUUUGUGCAUUUAUUAUUUUUAAAUUAAUUUGUAAAAUUGUAUUAUGGCAAAU